AGGACUACGCGUGCGACGAGUUCCGCAUGUACGAGUUCAAGGUGCGCCGCUGCGCGCGCGGCCGGAGCCACGACUGGACCGACUGCCCGUUCGCGCACCCGGGCGAGAAGGCGCGGCGCCGGGACCCGCGCCGCCACUGCUACUCCGGCUCCUCCUGCCCGGACUUCCGCAAGGGCGGCUGCCGCCGCGGCGACGCCUGCGAGCUCGCGCACGGCGUGUUCGAGUGCUGGCUGCACCCGGCGCGCUACCGGACGCAGCCGUGCAAGGACGGCACCGCCUGCCGCCGACGCGUCUGCUUCUUCGCGCACACGCCCGACCAGCUCCGCGCCGUGCCGACGCAGCAGCAGCAGCAGCAGCAGGUCUCCAGCUCCAGCCCCAGGAGCGCCGCAUCCUCGCCCCUCGCCGAGUCCUACGACGGGUCCCCGCUCCGACGCCAGGCGUUCGAGAGCUACCUCGGCAAGACCGCCAUGUCCUCCUCGCCGACCAGCACGCUCGUGUCCCCGCCCAAGUCGCCGCCGUCGGACUCGCCGCCAAUGUCGCCCGACGCGCUCCGCCGCGGUCCAUGGCCGGGCGUCGGGUCGCCCGUCAACGACGUGCUCACCUCGCUCCGGCAGCUCCGUCUGGGCUCGCCGAGGUCGGCGCCGUCCGGCGGGUCGUUCUUGGCCGGCUUCACCAACGGUUACGGAUCCCCCAGAUCCCCGGCCGGACUGUACAGCCUCCCGUCCACGCCGACCAGGCCAUCUCUGGUGACGGUUACCACGCCCUCCGGCGCCACCCUGACCGUGGAGCCCCUCGACCUGGGGCUCAUCUCUGAGGAGGAGCCCGUGCAGAGGGUGGAGUCCGGCAGAGCCCUCCGCGCAAAGGUGUUCGAGAGGCUCAGCAAAGAAGCCACCGUCUGCAACAACGACACCGUCGCUGCCGCGACUGUCGGGUUUGCGACCGAAGCCGCCGCUCCUGACGUCGGCUGGGUCUCCGAUCUCAUCAAUUAAUCUCAACAAACGCACAGGGCCACCAAGACGAAGCUAGGUGGUCAGGUCAGUUACUUGACAGUCAUUAUUUUGUCAACAUUAAUAACCGACGGCUCUUGUGAAUAAUAUCCAUGGUAAGUCGAAGGAAGCACGAAGAGGAGGAGAAAAAAGAAGAUCAUAUAUCCUCUUAUUCCUUGUACAUAUGUUCUUCCGUCUAUGUUAAUUACGAAGAUGGCAGAAAGGGAGGUGAGGGAGUUCAAGAUGGUGGAUUUGUUUUGGGGUUUCAUUUGAUGGAGGAGGGCAUGGCAAGCAGACGAUGGAAGUGAAGAUGCCAAAACAAAUUACUGUACCAGCCUACCAGGGAGGAAGUGUGAGCUUGGGAUGUGUGGUUCAAGAUGAAGACGAAACAUGCAUGUGGAGGUGGCCACCACGGCGGGCUGGCGCCGGCGGUGAAUAAAAGACGGUAUGAGGACUCUGCACCGGCGUCCAAUUUCCGCGAUUCCAGAACGUCGUCAAGUUGAUAAUCUUCAUAGUUUUGGACUUCGACUGUUCGCGUCGGUUGGCACUAUGGACCAGCUAGCCGAUGAUCCAGCUUCCCAUUUCGAUUUUCUUUCGAUUUUACGACCGACAUAUUGUCAUGUAAUUUUCUUCAUAUGGUUCUGUUUUCAUCAAGUGCCUUUCCUAUUACUAUUGAUCUGCUUAUGAAAAAGCAUGUACAUGUACUAUUUGUGUUGCAAAAGAAACUCCAAUAGCUUUUCGUAACA